AGAGAGAGAGAGAGAGAGGGGAAGAGGGCGCGCGCAAGUGUUACCUACCUCUGCACACAGCUCGGAUGCUGACACACUAAAGUUUCGUCGGCUCGUGUGUGCGUAAGGACAACUUCCCGUUACAGGAAUGAUGCCGAAUCAAAGAUAUUUUGGAAUUCUACACAUUGCAAUUUUUAUAUGGACGUCGUUUUGCAUUAAAGACUCGUUACAGGGGGAAUAUCAGCGGAAGUUGUAUAAGGAGUUGAUGGAGAACUAUAACAGACUGGAAAGGCCUGUUCUCAACGAUUCUGCACCUAUAGUGGUGGAGCUGGGACUCACGCUGCUUCAGAUCAUAGACGUGGAUGAAAAAAAUCAGGUAUUAAUAACCAACGCCUGGCUACAGCUGGGAUGGACAGAUGUCUAUCUGAGCUGGAACCCUGAUAACUAUCCUGGUGUCCAGACCCUGCGUUUCCCAUCCAAUCAGAUCUGGACACCAGAUAUUCUGCUCUAUAACAGUGCUGACGAGAGGUUCGACGCCACCUUCCAUACAAAUGUCCUGGUUAAUGCAUCAGGUUCCUGUCAGUACAUACCACCAGGUAUUCUGAAGAGCACAUGUUACAUAGAUGUGCGCUGGUUCCCAUUCGACAUACAGAAAUGUGACCUGAAGUUUGGCUCCUGGACUCAUAACGGCUGGCUUCUGGAUCUACAGAUGCAGGCAGUGGACAUCUCUACAUACAUUCCCAAUGGAGAAUGGGAUUUAGUGGGGGUCCCUGGGAAGCGUAAUGAGUUGUAUUAUGAGUGCUGUAAGGAGCCGUACCCUGACGUGACAUUUACAGUAACGAUGCGCAGGCGAACAUUGUACUACGGUCUGAACCUGCUCAUUCCCUGCGUGCUCAUCUCCGGCCUGGCUCUGCUCGUCUUCCUGCUGCCGGCGGAUUCUGGAGAGAAGAUAUCACUGGGUAUCACCGUCCUCUUGUCCUUAACAGUCUUCAUGCUCCUGGUGGCUGAGAUCAUGCCGGCCACUUCUGACUCAGUUCCUCUCAUAGCUCAGUACUUUGCCAGCACCAUGAUGAUUGUGGGUUUGUCUGUUGUUGUCACCGUCCUUGUUCUGCAGUUUCAUCAUCAUGAUCCACAAGGGGGAAAGAUGCCAAGAUGGGUGCGCGUGAUCCUGCUCAACUGGUGUGCCUGGUUCUUGCGCAUGAAGAAGCCAGGUGAGGAACGCAAAUCCAGCUACAAAUACGAUCACUCUCCAGUGCAUCACGCCAGCGCCAGCAGCAUUCAGAUGGGAGUCAUGCCCGGUCAGCCAUCUUCGACCAACUCCACCACCAACGGUCACAUGAACUUGUACUUUGGCUACCACUCCAUUGACAGUGCUUGCUGCCCACCAAGCAGCGACUCCGGUGUGUCUUGCAGCGGUGGACGUGUCAGCGGGUCACCAAACGAAGAACAGCGAGAGGCAGUCAGGAUGUUUGUAGGAGAACAGGAGAUCCAUCGCAUCCUUGCGGAGGUGAUGUACAUCGCUCAGCGGUUCCGUGACCAGGAUGAGGCCGAGGCCAUCUGCAGCGAGUGGAAAUUUGCGGCAGCAGUGGUGGAUCGGCUGUGUCUGGUGGCAUUUUCACUUUUCUCCAUUAUCUGCACCUUUACCAUUCUUAUGUCGGCACCAAACUUCAUUGAGGCUGUCUCGAAAGACUUCACAUAAUCCUUAUAGCAUCACAUUUUCAUUGGUUUUCUUUUGUUUUUAAAGAUAUAUAAAUAUAAAAAACACCACGUGAUUUGAGUGUGAGAAGUGUCUACCACCAAAGUUGAUUCCUCCCUCUUCUCAUCUUUCUGAGAUCAACGUGAACUAUUGUUACAAAAAAACAAACAAAAAAAAAAAAAACUUGAAAAAGUUGUGUAUUUUUGAAAUGUGACUUUUCAAACAAAACAUACAGACCCUUGGACAAGCAGUUUGGGUGAUAUUUUACGUCUUUAUAUAAUGUAUCUGGACUGAGCACUUGAGGGUUGGUUUAUGUAGAGAUGUGUUCUCAGUGUGCUAAAACUGUUAGUCACAACAGCUAAAAAUGUGUCUGUGAACUUAAUGUGCUGAAAUUCAAACAUAAUCAAUCCCAUAAUCCCUUUGGAAGUCACACUGUUUCAUUUCGUUCCUUGGCUUUAGUAAUAUUUUUGGUAUCAUUUAAUACUAUUAUUUUAGAAUUUAGCUAUCACUAAACUGACAUACAAUUUUUAGCAAACAUUUCCUUACCAAAGCAACAAUAAUAUUCAUGUAUGGUAGAAUUAAUAUUUUAUUUAACUGUCACUUUUCAUCAUUUUGAUAUUUUUUAUAUAAAUAUUACAGUUAUUAGUCAACUGAAAUCUUUCUUGUGUCUGGUUAGUCCAAGUAAUCAGAUUAUUUUGUGACUUCAUUCUGACCCUGUGCUCUGUCGUAUUAUGUAAAAAUACUAUGUAAACACUGUGGAUAUAUGUCAUUUUGUUAGAAAAUAUAGGUUUAAAAAAAUAAAACAUUUUAAAGAGUU